CUUGAGACUAUGUAAUUAACCAAAAUUUUGUGUGAAGCCCAACUAAAGAUAUGGCCCAGCUUCACGAGGAUGCAAGUCUCACUCAAAUUGGCUUCGUAAGACGAGUAAAUAGUAAAUACUGUGACCAGAAAGUACAGCACUUAACGCACAGUGAGAUGGCAGACGUGCAGAGAAGAAGGGGUCCUCCGCCGCCGCCCCCGCCGGGAAGGGGCCCGCCACCUCCUCCCGCGGCCAGGCCUGCCCCUCGCAUUGAGCCUGUCGACCGGGAGAAGACUUGCCCAUUGUUGCUUCGUGUUUUCACCAAGGUGGGGGGUCAUCAUGCUGAUGAUGAUUUUGCUGUGAGGGGCAAGGAACCCAAAGAUGAGGUCCAAAUUUACACCUGGAUGGAUGCUACUUUACGUGAAUUAACUGAUCUGGUUAAAGAAGUAGCUCCAGAAGCAAGAAGAAGAGAUGCUGUUCUGUCUUUUGCUUUUGUUUAUCCCGAUAAACGUGGUCGGUUUGUGGUUAGGGAGGUGGGGAGAGCAUUUUCUUACCCUAACGCAAGGCGACCUGAUAGUGGAAACAAAGCCUUGGGUGAUCUUAGUUUUCAGGAUAUGGCCAUUAAGAGAGGAUUAUCAUCAUCUGGCUCCGGCAUCAACAGGAGCAAAGGUUCCGGAUCUCGCUUCCAUAUUGCCCUCAUCGUCUUCGUGCUCUCUUUAAUCGGGUUCUCCUUUUUGUUCUUUGGCCGCGGCCCCUCUCCUCCUGCUUCCUCCGGUCAAGAUGAAUUAUCAAUUAUUUCUAGCAGACAGGAUCUAAAUUGGAGAGAGAGGCUGGCAUUGCGAUAUCUUAAAUCUUUAUUCUCUAAAGAGGUGAUUGAUGUCAUUAAUGCCAGCACAGAUGAUCUGGGACCUUUAAAUGUCGAUUUUUUCCGAAAAAAUGGUUUUCCUGCAUCUUGGAAAAUUGUUGGGCAUGAAUCUGUAUCUAUUAACGUCAAUUAUUCUGAGGCCACUGGAGCACCUUCGAAAAAGAAGCAAGAAGCAUCUAGAGUCAAAGAGGACGUCACUUCCAAUGAGGAUCAUUCUGUAUUUUUUGAGACACCAGCUAAGCUGGUCAGAAGGCAAUUGAGAGAACACAGACGUGAAAAGCGCGCUGCUGAUUUGGUAAAGCAAGAUGAUGAAGUGAUAGUAAAGCUUGAAAAUGCAGCUAUUGAACGUUCUAAAUCAGUUGACUCGGCAGUUUUGGGAAAGUAUAGCAUCUGGAGGAAAGAAAAUGAGAAUGAAAACUCUGAUUCAAAUGUCCGCCUGAUACGAGAUCAAGUGAUUAUGGCAAGGGUGUAUAUAAGUCUUGCAAGGAUGAAAAACAAGCUUGAUUUGGCCAAUGAAUUGCAGAACCGGAUUAAAGAAAGCCAGCGGUCUUUAGGGGAGGCAACUGCUGAUUCUGAUUUACAUCAGAGCGCACCUGAAAAAAUUAAAUUGAUGGGCCAAGUGCUGUCUAAAGCAAAAGAGCAAUUAUAUGACUGCAACCUGGUCACCGGGAAGCUAAGAGCCAUGCUGCAAUCUGCAGAUGAGCAAGUUAGGAGUCUGAAAAAGCAGAGCACAUUCCUUAGCCAACUAGCUGCAAAGACGAUCCCAAAUGGGCUCCACUGUUUAGCAAUGCGCUUAACAAUAGACUAUUACCUCCUUCCACUCGAGAAAAGAAAGUUUCCUCAGAGCGAGAAUCUGGAAAAUCCAAACCUUUACCACUAUGCCCUCUUUUCUGACAAUGUUCUUGCUGCUUCAGUAGUGGUCAACUCAACCAUUAUGAAUGCCAAGGUGUGGAAUUCUUCCCAUUUGCUUUCAUUGUUGUACAAUCAGGAUCCUGAGAAACAUGUUUUCCAUCUUGUUACUGAUAAGUUGAAUUUUGGCGCAAUGAAUAUGUGGUUUCUUUUGAACCCUCCUGGUAAAGCCACAAUCCAUGUCGAGAAUGUUGAUGAGUUCAAGUGGCUCAACUCAUCCUACUGUCCAGUUCUACGCCAGCUGGAAUCUGCUGCCAUGAAAGAAUACUAUUUUAAGUCGGCUCAUCCAACAACGCUUUCUGCCGGCUCAUCUAAUCUCAAGUACAGGAACCCAAAGUAUCUUUCAAUGCUCAACCAUCUGAGGUUUUAUCUCCCUCAGGUUUAUCCGAAACUGGAUAAGAUUCUUUUCCUAGAUGACGACAUUGUUGUUCAGAAAGAUUUGACUGGGCUAUGGUCAGUUGAUCUCAAUGGGAAAGUUAAUGGUGCAGUCGAAACCUGUGGUGAGAGCUUUCACCGCUUUGAUAAAUAUCUAAACUUCUCAAAUCCUCACAUUGCUAAAAACUUCGACCCGAAUGCUUGCGGAUGGGCAUACGGGAUGAACAUGUUUGAUCUCAAGGAGUGGAAAAAGAGGGAUAUAACUGGCAUAUACCACAAAUGGCAAAACAUGAAUGAAGAUAGGGUGCUCUGGAAACUAGGAACACUACCUCCAGGACUAAUAACCUUUUACGGGCUCACACAUCCACUCGAGAAGUCAUGGCACGUACUUGGUCUGGGUUACAACCCAAGUGUCGACCGUUCAGAAAUCGAUAAUGCAGCAGUUAUACACUACAAUGGGAAUAUGAAGCCCUGGCUUGAGCUGGCAAUGAACAAGUACAAGUCGUAUUGGACAAAAUACAUAAAAUACAACCACCCGUACAUACGCAACUGCAAACUAAGCGAGUGAUGGUGAACAGAGUUAGAAGGGACAGGGGAAGUUCAGUUCACAUCAUUGAGGGCUGCUAAAAGGGUCGAGGCAAGUUAAGUUCUUUUGGCCAUUCUUGAAAUUUUGCGUUUUUCCAUGUGAUAUUAAUCCAAUUCAUCAAUUCAAUGAUGUUGAAAAAUUUGGGAAAUGAAGAAUUCAGGGUAGUAUUUCUGAUGCCCUGUGGUGUUCAUUCGUUUGUAUUUUGUAGUUAUAAAAAUCGUCAUGUGUAUUAGUUGAUGCCGGAGUUGCUAAUUGUAACUGUUGAGCGUACUCAGUUACUAGAGUUAAAAUGUAACUGGACUUGUAUGGACACUUAUCAUUUCUUUGAGAAAGAACUGUUACUAUAUGGUUGUAACAAUAUUCGUAGGUAAAUGGAAAAUAAUACCCGGCAAGUGAUCCAUUCUUCACGUUAUAGUUUGGGAAGUUAUUCCAAGGAAUUUUUAAUUCCUUUUUGUCUAUUGUAUUCUUGUUUUACCAUUUG